AGGACACUGAGUUUUUGUAUUUGUUUUAUUACUGGAUACCAGUAUUAUCUAGCUAUCUUUGCUGCUCUAAAAAAGUUUAGUAUUUGGCCCUUUGUAGGAAGAAGUAAUGUACAGUAAAUCUGUGGGAGAUUCAAUUUGUUCCCUCCGAUCCAAAUGCAGUUUGUUUUCUGGUUUCUAUUUUUAUGAAUGGUAAUUUAGAGAUACAGGGUUUGGUUUCUCUGUUUAUUUUUCAUUAAGGCUAACAUCAGACUCCCAAUGGAGAGGGCAAGUGCCAUGAUAUUCUUGUAACAUAUGCAUUUUUCCUGUUUAGGCCAUGCUGGAUGUGGCUGCAAACCAGGGCUGGCUGGUGACUGUGCUGAAUAUCACCAACCUGAUUCAGAUGGUGAUCCAGGGCCGGUGGUUAAAAGACUCUUCUCUUCUUACAGUACCAAACAUAGAACCUCACCAUCUUCACCUUUUCAGGAAAUGGAACCCAAUUAUAAAGGGCCCACGUGCUGGGUCCCGGGCCUCCAUCGAGUGCCUUCCAGAACUGAUCCAUGUCUGUGGAGGGAAAGAACAUGUAUUCAGCUCCAUGGUAGAAAGUGAACUACAUGCCGCAAAAACAAAGCAGGCUUGGAAUUUCUUAUCUCACUUGCCAGUGAUAAAUGUUGGCAUAAGUGUUAAAGGCUCAUGGGAUGACUUAGUUGAAGGACAUAAUGAACUCUCUGUCUCAACUCUGACUGCAGACAAACGAGAUGACAACAAAUGGAUAAAAUUGCAUGCUGAUCAAGAUUAUGUGCUUCAAGUCAGCUUGCAGAGAGUCCACUUUGGGUUCCACAGGGGAAAGCAAGAGAACUGUGCAGUUACCCCUCGAUUUCCCAAAUCAAAAGAUGAAGGCUGGUUUUUGAUAUUAGGCGAAGUAGAUAAGAGAGAACUUAUUGCUUUAAAAAGAGUAGGAUAUGUUCGAAAUCAUCAUGUUGCUUGCCUUUCUUUUUAUACCCCUGAAAUACCUGGAAGGUAUAUCUACACACUGUAUCUCAUGAGUGACUGCUACCUUGGCCUAGACCAGCAGUAUGACAUUUAUCUCAACGUCACACAAGCAAGCAUUUCCACGCAGGUCAACACAGAGGUCUCUGAUGCCUUGACUGACCUGGCAGUGGAGUAACCUGACCCAAACAAUCCAUUUGAAAGAAGUGGUUAAGAAGUCUGGCUGUUGAGUCAUCUAGAUAAAGUCGAAUCACUUGAUGUUUGCCUUGAUGGAAUCAACUUCCAACCUCGAGACAUCCAGGAAAUUGACAGUGUCUAUAUUAUUGACUCCAGCAACAUAAAGUUAGCCGCAGUGGCCUUUUAACAAAUUCUGCCUUUUAUAAUGUUUUCUUCAUGGGCUUCUUGAUAUGUAAAAUGAAUAGGCAUGUAGGAUAACCUUUUAAUUUGUGUAUAUUUGAAAUGAUAUUUACAGGUUAUCAAAUUUUCCAUCCCACAGUGUACUGUUUUAUAUGAAUAUUGGCACUUCUUUUUUUUAAUAUAAGGAAAACUCCAUUGAGGCCUGAUAGUGUUGGGAUUUGUUGUAACAAAUUUCUAACAACAGCAUAAAAUAUACAGGAAAAAUCUAUAAGGUGAUACAGAAUAUGUCUGUUAGCAAAAUUUAUACUUUGAUCUGAUCACAUGUAGAAGUAGUUUCAAGAAUUUAUUAUAGUCAUAAAUUUUGAUAAUAAAUGAUGUAAAAUUAUAUGACAGAGCCCAGUGAUGAUAACAGAGAAAAUGGAAUAUGUUGAUCUUAGAAAAUGUAGAUACUGUUAACUGGUGGAAAUAAAAUAUAUAAAGUGCCACCAGGA